AUGAUCACCUAUGACAAGUAUAACACAUUCGUGAUGAACCCGCUUUUCGACAGCGGUCUAGUGCUAACGGAUGACGAGGAGAACAGCUAUUUCAUUGCUGGACACCCGACACGAACGUUUCGGACUGCCUCAAAAGCAUCUGUGGGUUCAGACGACUGGAGCAGAAAUUAUCCGAUGCAUCGAGCUGCAUACGUUGGAGAUGCGGCUGCAAUCGAGUCCCUACUGGCGUUAGGUGUCGAUGCGAAGGAAUCAGAUCGAGACUCAUGGACUCCGCUGCAUUAUGCUGCCUUUUACGAGCGACUGGAUGCUGCGAGAGCGCUUCUGAACAGUGGAAACGCCAAUGUGAGAUGUUUGAAGAGCUUGAAAACAAUGAGCAUUGCAACGUAUUAA